UACAUCGUGAGGAGUGCAGCCAUUAUUCUUUGGAUCUCAAUUAACUACACGUCCGAGACACGGCAAAAAAUGGUAUAACGCCGUCUCUUAUUAACCUGUAACAUCUAGAACUAAUUUAUAGGGUUUUAUAUGAAAGUAUAGGAUUUAUAGUUGUGAUUUAUAGCAAAGUAAAAUUAUCCCCGAAUACUAUAGCUUAAGCGCGUCUGCUUGUGUGUAGUUGUUAUCCCACCAUUUCACGGAACUAACUGGCUCUUAACGCGUUAGUAAAAUUGCUUAAACGCAUAAUUUGAGCCCCAGUGUAGCUUAAUCAUGGACGCAUCGCUAAAGAUUGAGUCGUCUUCAAGUGUUAUACCAUCCUGCGAUGAUACCCCAGCUAUAAAUGACUCGACUGCAAGCAUUUCUUCUGUACUAGCGGCUCAUCAGGUCGAGCAAGCAAAGGACCCGACAACUCUUUUACUUUACCCCAUCAGCAUAAACAGUGCUGUACCACUGUCACCAGUAUUUAGAGACAAGGUCCCCCAUGUUGGUGGCAGGGAAGAAGUGAGGAAACCCGUUGGGGCUCGGGGCUACAGCGAAGCAGUGUCCACCUCUUCUGAGUUCACCCACCGUGCCAUUGUGCAUCUGAUUGAAGCCAUGCACCGAUGCUGGGACGUGUACGGUUCCCGUGAGCGCUCCCGUCUCUUCCAGAGUGUUCAGAGUGAGCUGGAGAACCUUGGCCACUCGCUGCCCGUGGAGAAGAUCCGACGCAAGUGGAACAACCUUAUUGUCACAUACAAGAGAGUGAAAGAGCGCAGCAGGUUGGGCGGAGGCCAGGCCAAGACUUCAUGGGAGUAUUUUGAGAUGAUGGACAAAGUGUUAGGAAAGACGAAGGUUGAUCAACGAGGUCCUGCUUCAGCUACCCUUGUCGGUUUUGCAACCACAGCCAAGGCAGCGGUGAGGUCAGAGGAGAGGCAGCCGCACACGGCCGUGUCAGUAGCUGCAGUCACCACUCCCUGUCUGCUCCCCAACAGCCUCUUCACCACACCUUCCCAGAUUCCCACACUGGUCACCUCCCCGGUGCUGUGUAGUGUGCCCCCGAAGCCAAGCACGAGUCCCACUUGCAGCAGUGAUAACCCCUUGCCCUCUGCUUCUUCAAAGCCAGCUUCCAGGGUCCUGCGCCAGCCUCUGAAACGGAGGCUGCGGCAUCUACAGCUCAGCUCUGUGGCCUCUCGCAUUGCUGCCCAGCAGCAGGGGCAGGCAGGGGAACGCACCGCCCUGCUCCGGAACUUCCUCACCUCUCAGGAAGAGCGCGUGCACCUGGAGGAGCAGCGACAGCGCAAGAAGGAGGCACGCGAGCGGCGCCAGGAAAGGACGCUCGGCAGUAUGGCUGAAGCGCUGGGAAGAAUGUCAACAGCGUUGGAGUUAAUCUCAUCCAAACAAGACACCAUCAUUGCAUUACUUCAGAGACUGGCUGAUAAGUACUGAGAGGAUGCUUUUGUUGUUGCUGUUGUGGUUGUGCUUUUUUUUUUGACUGGAAUUCUGCCAGUGUAUGUUGUUUUUGCAUUUAUUUUUGAUUACAUGCAGAAGUGGAAAUAAUGCUUAAAGAUAUAGGCCUGUAGUAGAACUGCUUUCUUCAGAGAAAGUUCUAAAUUGAAGUGGACCAGGUCAUCUGUGAAGUAAAAAGGAAAAAGUAAGUCCCUAAUAGUAAGUAAAAGAAUAACCUUGCUAAUGUUCAUAUUUAGUUUUUUUUUUGUUUGGUUUUUUUUGCCGCAGUGCUGUGAAUAAAAUAAAAAAAAAAAGCCAACUUGAAGUGUGUAAAACGCUGUAGCGUUAGUUAGUACGCUGUGGUAUGCGAAAGGACAUUCACGAGCGUAUGUGGCUAACUAGCUAGCUCGCUUUACUUUCAAACAUGCCACUUAUUCUAAUGCAGUUGUAUAUUAGUGUAGAUGCACUUUCUUUAACUGUACUUUAGAAUAUGUACUGUAUUUCGAAUAUGUACAAUAUGUGUUCAUUGUGCUUGUACAUU